CAGAGGAAGAGAGAGAUAUCCCUGUGACAUGGAGAUCCCAGGCAUCAGGCACUCCCGUGGCCACCUCGGAUCAGAGAAGCAGCAGAUGCUGGAUCUCAACAAACGGCUGGAGAUGUAUCUGAGCCGGGUGAAGCUCCUGGAGGAGGAAAAUGAGCUCCUCAAGGAGGAGAUCCAUGCGCUGCAGGGCAGCCGGAAGCCCCAGGCGUGGAGGGGAGAGCUGGACGGGCAGCUGAGAAGAGCCAGGGGGGAGGUGGAGGCAGCAUGGAUGGAGAGAGACAGGGUGGAGCUGGUGGUGGCCAACCUGAGCGAGGACCUGCAGACGCUGCAGCUCCGGAGGCAGAAGGAGGCAGCCACCCAGGCGGAGGUGAAGAAGAGCCUGACGGAGAGCAAGAAGGAGAUGGAGGAGGAGAGGAGGGCCCAGAUCUGGCUGCGGGAGAAGGUGGCACAGCUGGAAAAGGAGCUGCAGUUCCAGCUGGAGAUCCACCAGGAGGAGGUGUCAGCUCUGCAGGCCAGGCUGAGCCACGCCCGGCCUGUCCUCAUGAGCCCUCCGCACACCGAGGCCCUCCACCUUCAGGACCUGGGCCAAGAAUACUCACAGAGGGCCAGCCAGGUCUGGCAGGAGGCAGCGACUGCAUACCAGGCCCAAGUCAAGCGUCUGGAGGACACGCUGUCCCAGACCAGGGAUCACCUGGGCCAGGUGACCCAAGAAAAGAGGGAGGGGAACCUGAUGGUGCAGUGCCUGGCCAAGGAUCUGGAUGGGGCCCGAACCAGGAAGAAGCUCCUGGAGCAGAAACUCUCCCAGCAAAGGAGCAGUGAGCUAAAGGAGCUUGAGCUACUCCAGGCUCAUCUGGAAUCCCUGGAGGGAGAGAAGGCAAAGAUGAGUGAGCAGAUUUCUGACAUCCUGGAUGACAGACAGAGCCUUCUGCAGCUGAAGAUGUCUCUGGGGAUGGAGGUGGCCACCUACAGAGCAUUGUUGGACAAUGAGAGUCUUCGAGUCGACAAGCCUUCCAUCAACAAUCCCUGGGGCUCAAUUACAGUUGAUGGAGGGCCCAGCCUUCGUGGUUUUAAGCAGAGACUCCAGGCCACACAUAAUGGCAGUCACAUCGCCUCCCCAGUUUCCUCUAAGCUUGGGAAAAGGACCCAAGCCACAGUGGUGGCCAAGACAGUGACACCUGUCCAAAUGUCAAAACAAGAUACCUCUGAGCAUAAGCCCAAGAGUGCAGGAUUUACAGAAGAACAAGAACAAGCUGGUUGGAGUGAGGAAUCCUCCCUGCAUGCAAUUUGGUCAUCUCCUCACCCUAAGGACAUAUUGAAAGGAAAUGGUUCAAUGGAGCACUUCAGGGAGAAGGAGGUCCAGGAAGAGGUUAGUCCUGUUGCAGCUCUCUUAGCUACAAGAUCACUAGAACUGAAUGCUGCUGCCUCGCCCAUAGAGAAGUGUAGCAUUGAUCCACCUGCUGCAGGAGGCUCAGAUGUCAGCAGGGAAGAAAUGAGAGAAAAGGAAGAGUAUUCACUCAGUGCAGAGGUAGAAAAGCCCAUGGGUCUGAAUGACACAGAGCCCAAAGCAGAACAACACUCUGCUGCUUGUCAUUCAACAGUUUUUGAUAUUCCUUCACAGUUCCACCCAGAGAUCCAAGCACCUGGCAGCCCCAAGGUCAUGCUGAACCUCUCAGGGGCAGAACCCAAUCAAUCUUCAGAGGAUUGUGAAGAUGUGGGAGUGCAGGGGUCAGAGGAAAGGGCUCCUGAAUCUGCACAUGCUCCCGUCUUUGCUUGGGGAGAAAAGGAAGACGGAAAAGAGGAGAUUGAAUGGGCAGAGGGUAAAACCCCUGAAUUUGAAGAAAAUAAAAUAAAUGUAGACUCUGAAAUUGCUGUCAUUUCUGCUGAUGAAGAUGCCAUCAUGGAAAUAGAUGGGAAUCCAGGGGACAGCCAACAAGAGCAGACAUCAUUAGAUGCAGAGCAGCUGGACUUCUCUGAGGAUGGAGACGAUUCUCAACAUGCCUCCCAUUCAUGGCAGACUGAGGGGGGAGAGCUGGAUAACAAUGGCAGCUACUCGCUGGAGAACACUCUUGCCGACACACGCCCGCUGAUCCGUUACAAGAGCGAUGAAACAGACAUGAACACUCAGGCCUCUCAAUUAGGGGACAGUGACUCAAGUGGGGAUGAAGGUAAUGAUGACAAGGGAUGUUGGGGAGAUGAUAAAAGAAGAGUUAUCACAUCCAAAAGCAUUGAUUUCAUGGAGGAUCUGGAUGAAGAGGUUGAGAAGGACACAGAGAAAGAGGAGGCAGCUGGAGAGCUCUUCCAGGGAGAAGGGAUGGAUGCUGCCAGCAGUCCAACGGGGGAGAGAAUUAUCUUCACGAAUGAUGAUGAUGAUGAAAGUGAGAGAGAAGAGGGCAUAGCUUCAUCGCAGGACGAAACCACUCAUGUGACAGGGCCCACAGAUCCCAUGACAGAUCCUGUGGACAAGAGCAGUGAAGAGGAAAAUGGUGGACAUGGGUAUGUGCAGGAGAAGGAUUCACUAUCACUCUACUCUAUUGAUGACUUGAAAGGUGAGACUGUAGACUACGAGACUGCACUGGGACUUCAGACCGAAUACCCUAAACGAGAAACAGAAACGGAGAGCCUACACCCACUAGAUUCUGUCAAUAGCAUCAGGGAGAUGAGUUCACAGAGUCAUUCAGACACACAGGAGGAAGCCAUAAGAUCACAUUCUGAGGCCUUAGCUCCACUCUUUAGUGGAACUGUAGAAAUAUCGGCAACACAACAUCUGAGCUCAAAUGAGGGUACAGGAGAGGGAGUACACAGCGAGGAAGCAGAAGUUCUUACUGACAGGAAAGAAGGACAGAGUCUGUCUAUGCUAACUAAUGUGGAUUUCACCGAUGAGCUCUCCCUGCACAGUGAGCUCAGCAGCACCAUGGGGAGUAUCAUUAAUACUGCCAAUUCUGACAUAGAAGAAUACAGCUCUGGAGAUGACUCACCCAAUGUCAGUCAGUUCUUACAACCCAUCACACAAGAAGAAGUGUGUGCGAAUCAGGAGGAACCAGUAGCCAGAAUUGUUUCUGAAGGCAAGGGUGAAUCAGCAGGGCAUUCUCCAGAAUUCUCUGACCCUCACCCAGAGAACAUAACUGAGGAAGUCGCUGACCACAGAACAGAAAGUGAUGUAAUCCUACAGGAUCAAGGGGACAUUGUAGAGAGCCCAAGUGCAAGACUAUGGGGACAUGAAUCAUUUGUUCAAAGUGUUGAGAAAAUAGCUGAAUGUUCACAGAUGGUUUUGCACAAUGAGGGUAAUAUUGACAUGGAGUGUGCUACUGAAGAGAAGUUGAUGGCUGUCAGCCAGCCCUCUGGUGAUUCUCCUAACAUUAUAUCUGAUGAGGAGGAUGGUAUCUUCAAGGUUAUGGAAACCGAAGUACUGCCCCAAACCAACGGGAAAUGCCAUGACCCUCACAACUUACUAAGCACUAAUUUGCAUGAAGAUACCUGGAGCUCAUCCAAGAAGAAAGAGGCUACGUAUAAUCCGCAGGAGAGUCUGGUUUUUGGAGUGUCAUGGGAAGACACAGAGAACCUCUUGGUGGCAGGUGAGCACACUGAAGGAAACUUGGAGAUGUCUCAGGCCCCAUCUCUGGCGGAGCAGAAACAGAUUCCUGUGCAGCUAAAUCAGCUUUCAGGUGCCAAGAUGGAGGUAGAUGGAAGCCAUUCAGAUGACUCGUUGGAUGAAGGGGAUUCCUGGUCUUCUGGAGAAUAAAGAAUAAAAGAACACAAAAAGAAUAAAAAACACUCCUAGACAUCAGGGGAGAUCAUCUCUACUCUUUAUACUAAACAUUACUUGACAGCUGAACAGAAUGUGCAUUUCAUACUUGACACUGUUAUAGCUUCAUUUGUAAUACACAUCCCUGCAACACAAAUUAUUUUCUAUUUAUGAAGUCAAACUCACCAAAAUAAGAACCUUUCAUGUGAGGUAACUACUUGCAUAGCAACUAUGCUAAAGUAGGAUACUCAGAGGACUAUUAGUAUUUCUGGAACACCAAGGCUGUGAAUUCAUCUUAUCAUGAGUGGUAAUGUGCCUGUCAAAAAAUGCCUUAACGUAGCCCACUCCCUCAAAAUGCCUAUGAUUCAACAUAUUUUCAGCAUCUAUUAAAGUAUUUACUGUGUCUGUCAAACAAUAAACUGUGAGGACUUCCUUUCAAUCUGGCCAGCAUGUAGAAGAUGAACAUUGGCAGCCAUACCUGCAAGAGAGCUUUCUACAAUCAAGUCUGGACCACCAUACGCUUAAUCAAAUUUGAGACCUGUGCUUCCUCUAUUUACCUUGGAGGAAAUUCAGGAAGGUCAGACCUAACAUAAAUUGCCAUGAUUGAUUUUAUAUUGAUCAGUAGGAAUGAUCAAAAUGCCACAGUGGUACUCACCAGCAUCUGUCUUUUUCAGUUGGGCAGUUGGAUUGAUCUAUUCUUUAGGCACAUUGGUAACUUCCUUUUCAAAAUCACAUUUUGCAGUGAGUCCAGUCUGCACCAAAUUAAUUACCAACUUUUACCCUGGGGGGUAUAAUCCAUAACGAGCCAUUUGUAGCAGAGCCCAGGGGUUUCCUAAAAUUAUGUGUUUUGCAGAUUGUCCAGAUGUCUGUACAUCCUGCUUUCACAGCCUCCCUCAGUUUCCACACAGGCUUUUACAAACCAAUUACCUGGCAAAUUCACAAGAGUGCACUGCCAGGGGACUAUUUGUGUGUAUCUCAAAUUAAAGGCAAUUAUGAUAUUAGAGAUUUGAAUAAUAAUAAACAUAAUAACAGUAUAGGUUUAUGUUCAUAAGGAUUAGUAAAAACAUAUGAACAGUUCAGUGGGGCAUUUCUACUGUAAAAUAGUGGAAUUCAUGAAUAUCCAUGCAGUUUGCAUCCUUUGUUAAUCCAAGUGGUUAUGGCAGCACUUGGUAAUGCAGCAGGUAGACUUUCCAAGAUAUACUUGCAAAAACUACCACUGAAUUCACUUUCACGUCUCAACAUUGUACCUGCCAUACCAUCCCAGGUUGUGUGUUGAAGGUGGACUUGAAGGUCAUCUUUACUGUAAGUGUGCUAAUAGACUGCUACAGCACUGAACUAUGUGAACAAUGAAUGGAAUACUCUCCAAUAGCAGUGCUACAGACCCUUACUUCAUUUCAGAACUGUGUGGUUUUAAUUAUGUGAAAAUGCAUCAUUCUUUCAUGGGAUUACAUGUAAAUGGUUCCUCUGAGUAUGACUCUUUAGCCACGCUUCAAUACAGCUUGAUUGCAUUUGGUACUUCUGCAUUUAUGGGUCUUUUGUUUUGUUGUAUUGCUUUGAUUGGCUUCUUUGUGAACACCCAUAAACUGUAGAUUUGCAAAAAUCUAUCCUUGUUGCAUUAUGAAAAAUAAACUAAUUUGUGAGCAGUA